GCGGCCUGCGAUGUUGCACAGAGUUACAUCAGUUCCGUACAGCGGUUGCACCGAGAAAAGUGAGCUACGUGGAGGGUUUGACGUUUCCUCUGCUGGCAAGCUUAUAUACGGCGUAUUCGUCGACUUCGUGUGUGAGUAGUGACGAAAGAGUCUUAUCAUUAUAUACUGACGGAACAGAACACGUUCUUACUGCAGGGAGUUUGUUUGUGGAGAAACGUCUGUUCUUGCGAGAAGUAUGGCUGAGGACGAGGCUUUCCCCGCAGAGGCCUCACAGAUCUCAAAGAGCGUACAGGAUGCAUUGGAGUGUCCGGUGUGCCUGGAGUACAUGACACCACCCAUCACGAUGUGCUCAAGUGGUCACAGCGUGUGCCAGGCUUGCAGACCGCGCAUGACCAGCUGUCCUACUUGUCGACGUCCUCUGCUUGGGAUCCGCAACUACGCCCUGGAACUCCUGGCUAGAGAGCUGCAAUUGCCACCUAGACCUGCAGAUGCCCCUCAGGCCACUUGCUUGGACACCUGUCCCUACGAGCCGGAGUAUGGCUGCCCACUGGAAUGUUCGUGGACAGGACGACACUCAGAAUUAGGGAAGCACUUGUCAGAGAGACACUCAGACAAGAUUCUGGAAGGAACAGGAGGGCAAAGUUGUCGGUGGGACCUGCCCCUCAGUGUUAAGGACACAAGGGUGAUCUUCGCGUUCGGAAAAGUGUUCCUGUAUCAACAGAGACUUCACACCAUCAAAAGAGUGUUCUACAUCGUGGUGCAGUAUGUUGGACCGGAAGAGGAAGCGUCCAGGUUCAAGUAUGAAGUGGAACUCCGCUCAGGCAGCGGUGCACAGAAGAUGACGGUGAUUGGGAACGUCACACUGCACUACUAUCAAGAUAUUAACGCCGUGUACGAGGCAGGGAAUUGCGUCACUUUGGACUAUGACGUAGUUAAGAAUGUAGCAGAAGACAAACUUAUCUAUUCAGUCAAAGUGUUCAAGCCUAGCAUAUCAGUUGUGUAGACACGAAAUGAAAGGAGAGAACAGACUCAAGCGUGGUUACAAGGAAAAUUUCAUUUUGCUGUUAUUCAGAGUGUGUUCUUCUGUGUUGUGACAUCGUAUAAUCAUGUAAGUGGAUACCAAUAUUUCCCGGGAACAUAUAUUCACCAUCUUGAAGGUUAGAGUCAAUGUCCGCUUAAAAUGCUAGACGUUGUUACAACAUACAAGAACAAACUUUGCCAUAGAUACCUGUGAACUUAUUUCAGCUGUACAGUUACUGUGUUUCUGGACAUUAUCCAUCGACCUAUUUUAGUUUAAAGCACAUGAAGUUUCGGAGACAGGAUUCUGUCUCCGUCUCCAGAUAGAAUCGUUAGAGCUAGUCUCUGUCUCCAGCCCAGCUGAGUAGGUUCUACGUGGAGACGGAAACAGAAUCCAGUCUCCGAAAUUUUAUGUGUUUUAAACAAAAACAGGAUGAUGGAUAUUAUCCAGAAACACAACAAUUUUAUUAUACCAUCGUCACAGACUAUUAGAUCUCAUUAUUUCAAGAGUGUCUGUUGCUGGGGAACUGAAAGUUUUCUCUGCAACUGUCGGUUCUGGAGUUAAUGUAAUGAGUUUAUUUAGGCUUUGUUCGAGAUAUUAUGACAGUUGCUACGGAUCAGAACCAAGAAAGGCAUAGUCUUUGCGAUGGAAAUUUAUUAGCUGUUACAUCAUAUUUGAGAAGUUCAGGAUUGUGAUAAUUUAAAUUGAGAUAUUUAGGAUCUUUUACGUUUCCAGACUGAAAAUGGAGACAUUACCUGUCUUUACGUUUAGGUUUUUUGCCGUCUAUGUGUAACGUCGGUUACUAUUCACUCGUCGUUUUCCUUUAUUGACACUACACGUUUCGGCCUAACAGGCCAUUUUCAGGUGUACAGGUUGUUGUGAAUACGGAACAUGCUGAUCACUGUAACAUUCCUCGAGAUAUUAAGCAGCUUUGCACCUACAGAAUAAACGGUAUCAUAAUUAAAAUAUCAACAAUAUAAAUGUCCGUUAAGAUCAAUGGCUAUGCUUGGGCGGUUUGCUCCUUUUACAGCAAGUUAGCCUACAGGCCCACCUACCUUAGGGCAGGCUGUGAAUUGGCUGUCUUGUACGAAUGACGUAGAUUGCGCAGGUCGAGAACUAUUUCCCGAACUGUGGUAAAUGGGAUUCAUUCUGAGUCACAUAUCUCAACGUACUUUCUAAUUUCAGGAGUAAGAUUUUGUACUGCUGCUCUAUACCUACAGCAAAGAGCAAAACAAAUACAAUUUUGACCAGCUAGAUUGGGCAAAUUACUCAUAGGGUAAAGCCGAAUAAAGCGAAGGCACAUAAAGAAAUUGUUUCUGUACACUGGAUAUUAAAAAUGGUGGUUAUAUUCCUGAG